AUGUGCGCACACACACCCUUUGCCUCCCCACAGGAGCUGCGCGGCCAGCUGUACCCCUUCUGCCGCGACCAGCACGGCUCCCGCCUGGUGCAGCAGCAGCUGGAGACGGCGGCGCCCGAGGAGCUGACUGCGCUGUUUGGCGAGGUGCGCCACAAGCUGCUGCCGCUCAUGGUGGACGUGUUUGGGAACUACGUGGUCCAGCGCUUCCUGGAGCGCGGCGGCGCCGAGGUGCAGGCGGCGGUGGCGGAGGCGAUCCGCGGCAAGGCGCUGCCCCUCAGCCUGCAGAUGUACGGGUGCCGGGUGGUGCAGAAGGCGCUCGAGGUGCUGCCGCAGCAGCAGCGCGUGUCCAUCUGCCGGGAGCUGACGGAGCACACGCUGCGGUGCGUGCGCGACCAGAACGGGAACCACGUGGUGCAGAAAUGCAUCGAGUGCGUGCAGCCCUCGGGGCCGGCGCGAGACAUGAUCGAGAUCAUCGUCAACAAAGGCCAGGCGCUGUCCACCCACACCUUUGGCUGCCGCCUGGUGCAGCGUGUGCUGGAGUUCUGCUCCAUCGCCGAGCUGCGUGAGAAGGUCAUCUCGGACGUCCUGGACAGCACGCUGCAGCUGAGCCACGACCAGUACGGCAACUAUGUGGUGCAGCACCUGGUGGCCAAGGGGCCAGGGCCCGCCAGGGAGUCGAUUGUGGCCAAGGUGGCCCCCCAGGUGAUGACCCUGGCGCAGCACAAGUACGCCAGCAACGUGGUGGAGGCGUGCCUGAAGCACAGCGGGCAGGCGCACAGGGACGCCAUCGUCGACCAAAUGAUCCGCGAGUCUGGGGCCCGCCCCGCCGCCCUCACCGCCCUCAUGCGCGACCAGUACGGCAACUAUGUGGUGCAGCGCGCCCUGGAGGUGGCCACCCCGCCGCAGCGCGCCGCCCUGCUGGCGGCCAUCAAGCCCCACCUGGACGCCCUCAAGAAGUACACCUAUGGCAAGCACAUUGUGACCAAGGCCGAGGCGAUGCUGACGGCGCAGGCGGCAGCCGAGGAGGCUGCCGCCGCAGCCGCCGCCGCCGCUGCGGCCCGGCAGGAGCCCGAGCAGCCGCCCGAGGGGCAGCAGGAGGGUGGGGCUGGCGUGGCCGCCCAGCUGCCCCUGCCCGUGCCGCUGCCGCCAGCCGAGCGUGCCGGUGCUGAGCUGGCGGCGUGA